GGAAGUUCACUAGCUGGCUAACUCUGUAGUGUUGUGUAACUACUUAAUGGGAUACAGAGCACAUGGAACAGCUGUGUGAUGAAGAUAUCCGGUGAAAUGGAGUCUGUGGUGUUUGUAAAUGUUUAGUGAGUUAAAGACAAGAGUUUGGAGCAAAAUGCGGAGGAUAUAUACAUUUAAAUAGUGUUUAUUUUAUCACCGGUGAGCGAGAGAAGAGCGAGAGCGAGAGAUGGUGUCGGUGACUGUGGGCUAAAAGCCCCGGACAUUAGAGCGCCCCGGACAUUAGAGCUCGGUGUGGGCUAAAAGCCCCGGACAUUAGAGCUCGGUGUGGGCUAAAAGCCCCGGACAUUAGAGCUCGGUGUGGGCUAAAAGCCCCGGACUUUAGAGCUCGGUGUGGGCUAAAAGCCCCGGACAUUAGAGCUCACGUUAUGUUUUCCGUGCUGUCCUGCGGUAGAUUGCUGGCCCGAGCGGUCAUCAGCGGCCUUUCUCAGACAGACAGCCGCGAUUACAGCCUCAUAUCGGCUAGCUUUGGGUAUGGGAAAGAUCUCCGAAAGGGUAUUUUAAAGAAAUGCAUGUGCUACGGUGAUGACGCCUGGUUUAUUGCUCGACACAGAUCCGCUGAUGUUUUAGGUGUAGCUGAUGGAGUGGGUGGCUGGCGGGAUUAUGGAGUAGAUCCUUCUCUGUUCUCUGGAACUCUCAUGAGGACAUGUGAGAGAUUGGUCAAGGAGGGCCAUUUUGUGCCUAGCAACCCUGUGGGAAUCCUCACUACCAGUUAUUACGAGCUCCUUCAGAACAAAGUACCUCUAUUAGGUAGCAGCACAGCCUGUAUAGUGAUGCUGGACAGGCAAAGUCAUCGGCUUCACACAGCAAACUUGGGAGAUUCUGGCUUCCUGGUUGUGCGAGGGGGGGAGGUAGUGCACAGGUCUGAUGAGCAACAACACUAUUUCAACACACCGUUCCAGCUUUCAAUCGCACCCCCAGAGGCAGAGGGCUCUGUUCUGAGUGACAGUCCUGAAGCUGCAGACAGCACAUCAUUCGAUGUCCAGUUAGGAGACAUCAUCCUUACAGCCACAGAUGGGCUCUUUGACAACAUGCCAGACUACAUGAUCUUACGAGAGCUCAAAAAGCUCAAGAACACAAAUUAUGAGAGCAUCCAGCAGACCGCAAAGAGCAUUGCAGAACAGGCCCAUGUUUUGGCCUAUGAUCCCAAUUACAUGUCACCUUUUGCACAGUUUGCUUGUGACAAUGGACUGAAUGUAAGAGGAGGAAAGCCAGAUGACAUUACUGUCCUACUGUCUAUCGUCGCUGAGUAUACAGACUGAUAUGACUGCAGUGUUCCACAUAUCCCCUGGAGUAGCCAUUGCUUCCUGCUGGCAGGAGGGGCUAAAAGAUUUGCCAAGGACCAAAUCCUGAUCCUCUCCAUUGGAUUUUAGAUUUUGCCUCGCUGGCUUUUACAGCUUCAUAUGGAAAAUGAUAAGCAUUUAAGGUAAAAAAAUGUAUUUUGAUUGGUGAGAUCAAGCCAUGGCAUCGUACAGUGUUUUUAUUAUAGUUAAUAAACAUAGCAUACAGUAUAGCCAGGAAAAUUCAACCUGAUCCUAACCAGUGAAAGAAUUAACAUUGUUCCAGCAGAACAAUGUGUUAGAAUGGAGAUGUUAAUGAAAAUUGCAUUAUUAUGCCAGGACAGGUCUUUAUGAAUGUGGAGUCUUGAGACAGUCUUUUGACUCUAAUAUGUCAUGAUGUCAAUGAUGAACCAAAAUGAAUCACAAUGAAAUUGACAAUUGUCAAUCUGGAAUUGUAUUGCUAAGUUUUUAAUAAACUCCUCUAUAGCUCUAGUCAAUCUGGUUGUAAUCUGCACUGCAUUGAUGUAUAACACCAAAAUUCAGGAACCAGGAGUAAAGGAAGUCAAUUUCAGUGUAUUUAUUGUUCUUUUAUUUUUGUUUGUUUAUUUGCUUGCUUGUUUUUCAAUUUUUCCACUCCGUGUGGUUAAUAUGUAUUACAUUUUUUUUUUCAACUGCUUUCAGUCAUUUCUCAGAUCAGAAUUGAAGUUUGCAGAUCUCCAAGUGCAUUUCUCAAAGCAACACGUACAAACUGCACAACAUAGUGGAUAACCGGAAAAUACGCGUCACCUGCACAAAAUGCUUUGUCUAUCGUGCAAAAGCGUGUUUUUUCAUCAAUCAUUGUGUCAGCGACAGCAGAAUCCCAUGUCUCAUUUGCAUUACUCUUGCAAACCAUUGUGCAUCAACCAGGUGUUAAAGUAAUUUACAUGGUAUGAAUAGAUAAUUUUUCUGAUUGAUUCCAUCUAACCAAUCAACAUCGACCCACGUCAUGGAAGAACCGAAACAAAAGAUCAGACUGUAUACACAUUUUUACUGUACUGUCAAUAGUGGUACUUGCAUACAGAAAACAAAGGAAACUACACAUAGGCUAUUUACCAACAAAUGGAAACCUGAAAAAGACAAAGUGGGAAAAACUAAUACAUGUACAACAGAAGGUAAAGGUGAAAUUAUGUGGCAGUUUUCCUAUGCAUCAUGUCGGUCCUGUGUGUUGGGCCACAGAUUCUCAUUCACAUCACAACAUAUAUUUUCCCUUGCUAUGCAUGGUGGAAAGAAUCUUCUUGAGUGCCUAAUCCAGCCUCUGCAUGCAUCUGCUGAGAUGUCCUCACAUGCUGCAUCCAUGGCAGCCAGCAGUGUCAUCAGCAUAUGUGGCUGAUGAUCAUAAACCUUCCACCUCCAAGCCGAGAAAAACUCUUCAAUUGGGUUCAGGAACAGGGAGUAGGGUGGAAGGAAUUCAAUCAGCAGAUUGUAUAUUUUCAAAGAUACCGUCGUCUUCAACAAUAGCACUUUGUAUCUCCCUUCACUCUUAUGGCAUUGUUAGACAUAACCAUGUUGCAAAUAGCUUCCUCCUGCUGAGGUGUGAAAAGAGGCCCUCUGCCACCCCUGUGAGGUUGUCUUGUAGUCCUACAUGACAAAAUAUAUUGUAAAUUAUAGUAGUAUUAGGAUCACAGGAUUUUGAAUCAUACAGUAAAUAACUAAGAAUACUAUAUGCAUGGAUAACCUAAGGUGUGUUACAAUAUAUGUAACAGUAAGUCUAUAUUAUACAUUAUAAUGUAAGACUUUACAGUACAUUACAUACCUGUUCUCUCUAUGAAAUGAUUGAAUUAUUGAUGACACAGUUCUUCCAACAUUUGUCUUCAUCUUCCAUUGUAAGGCCAUGAUUGAUAACGUGAUCCACCAGUGUGGCCCUGAUUUCAUCUGGAAUCUCUGUGUAUCUUUGGCAUCUUAUACCCCUUCCUCUGUUGUGUCUCUGUACUCUUCCACCACGCAGUCUUAAUCCUCCUCUUCUUCCUUCAGCUUCCAUUAUCAGAAAGGGGAACACUUGUGUUGUGCACUGUAUAUAUAUAUGUGACCCAGCCAAAUCAGUCUUCAUGAGUUGCACCUCUAUUUCACACAACUGGUUGAUCAUUGGUUAAUUUAGAGUUGCACAUAUUUCUCUUUGUUAACAAAGGUGAAGACUCACCUGAGAGCAAUUUCUCAAUUCUGGACAUAUUUCUUAACAAACAUGUACUCACAAUUUGUAGAAAUCUGUACAGACAUACAAUUCUGAGAACAUGUUCACUCAUUUUGAUAGUACAGACUUCCAACCUGAGAAAAAGACUAAUUGGUUUGGUGGUUGUGACAUUUCAGCUGAGAACCAGGAGAAGUUAUUUUGCACAGCAGGACAAAAGCACAAAGAUUGUCAAAAGCGGCUGACAGAUGUACAGAACCAUUUGCAUGUUGUCCAAAUGCAAUUGCAAUUUGAUGAAAACAACAAGACAUUGCUGAUAUGAUGUGAAAAACUGACAACAGGAUCUGACGGUGGAAUAGAGUAGUUUUGAGAAAUGCAGUUCUGUUGUGAGAAAUGACUGAAAGCAGUUGAGAAAAACUGUAACAGUGCGAGACUGCAAGGUCUUAUCAUAUGAGUGGGCAAAAGAACUUUUUAUGCUCUGUUAACCACUAUGAAAGUUCACAUGCUUUUGUGUGUGUGGACUUCAAUGACAUACUGUAUGUAAAAAGUAAAUACAAACUUGCUGUAUAUCUGUGUAUGCACUAAGAAACAUACUCUUGUAUAUGAAUGUAACUUAUAUUUUAUAAAUGUAGUGUGUUAAAAUGUUUCCUUCUAAGCAUUUUUGUAAUUAUAUUUUUAAAUAUUCUUUGAGGUGUACACUGUUAAUGCACAGGGUAAAUGCUAGUGCCUAUGAAUGCAUUAGGAAGCGGUGUGUCAUAUUAGCUAAUAAAGAUCUAUUUUUCUA